AUGUCGCUCAUCAAAUCCUUAAUUGCGGCCAUCGCUCUCCUUGGUGCCCAUGUAAACGCUGCAGGUGUAUCUGGGAGUGCCAUUGGCUUCGCAUCUGGAACAACAGGCGGAGGCAGUGCUGCCGCCGCAGCCCCCAGUGAUAUCGCCCAACUGACGGCGUGGCUCAGCGACAGCACUCCUCGUGUCAUUCUCAUUGACAAGGAGUUUAACUACCUGACAAGCGAGGGCAAGUGCACCGACUGCAAGUGUUGCAUCCCCGAAUCCAACACCUGUGGUAGCGCCGGCCAGAAUGCCAUCGACAACUCGGAUUGGUGUGGCUCUUAUCCCACCACCACUUGCACUUACGACAAGGCUGGUCUUGAGGGGCUCACCGUUGCUUCGAACAAGUCUAUUGUUGGUGUUGGUAGUGCUGGUGUCAUCCGCGGUAAGGGACUGCAGAUGAAGAAUGGCGUGAGCAAUGUUAUCAUUCAGAACAUUCAUAUCACUGAGCUUAACCCUCAGUUCAUCUGGGGUGGUGAUGCGAUUUCUUUAAGUGGCACGGAUAAGAUAUGGAUUGAUCACGUCAAGGUCUCGCUUGUUGGGCGCCAGAUGUUCGUCUCUGGAUAUGAGUCUGCCGGCAAGGUGACCAUCUCUAACUCCGAGUUCGAUGGUCAGACUAGCUGGUCAUCCUCAUGUGAUGGCCAUCAUUAUUGGACAAUCCUCGGCUACGGGAAAGGAGACCACAUAACUUUCACUGGCAACUAUAUCCACCACACCUCCGGUCGCUCCCCAAAACUCGAGUUCAACAGCUACUGGCAUGCCUACAAUAAUUACUGGUUCAACAAUACCGGCCACGCCUUUGACGUCGGCGAGAACACGAACGCUCUGAUUGAAGGCAAUGUCUUCUACCAAGUCGACACCCCCAUGCUGACCGACAGCUCUCCUGGCGCAACCUUCGCUGUCAGCAACAGCACCCAGUCAAGCUGCAAUUCAGCUCUUGGUCGUACCUGCUCCGCCAAUACCCUCAUACAGUCUGGCGACCUCUCCGCCUCCGAUGAGUCUGUGCUGAGCAGCUGGCCCAGCGGCGAAGCCAGCGUCGAUGUUCUCGAGGCGAGUCGUGUUCGCGCUUCCGUUCUCGCAAACGCUGGUAUCGGCAAGCUGAGCUCCUCUAGCUCUAAGCACCGUCGCCAAGGCCCCGCCGCGUCAUCCCUUCCUGUGUGGUCUUCUGCUGGUCCUGGUGCUCAGCCCGCUGCCACUCCCGAGGCUACCCAGACAGCUGGUAGAUCCCACUCCCACGGCCACCAUGGUCAUAGUGGAAAUGGUGGACACGGUGGUUUCGCUUUUGGUUGGUUCUAA